UUUAAAGCACCAAAUGCACGUAUUAAUGCACCAAAUCGGCCUUGGUCAGUCCAGUUGGCCAGUAACUUUUUGGGAAUCAUUAUUUAUCACAUUAUGUUGUUGGUUUGCUGUAUCCUCAGUGUGUUCAGAGAUCAUUUUUGCAUUUUUAGCACAGGAAGUUUCAGUUUCAUGUGUGCAAAAAGUAUCUGAGGUGCAGCUGACUGUGAUGGAUGUAAAUGACUUCCGUCCACGUUUCUCAGAGAGAGUCUUCACCACUAGUGUGUUCGAGAACGAGCCGGUUGGGACGUCGGUGAUCACACUGAAGGCCACUGACCUCGAUGAGGGCGAGAAUGCAUUGCUUACCUACAGUCUACAGGGCCCUGGAGCGGAUGCGUUCUCUCUGGAUCCUGACACUGGGCUGAUUCGCUCCCUGAGGUUACUGCAGAGUUUUGAGAGGUUUAAUCUGACUAUGGUGGCGACCGAUCAUGGCAGACCUCCCCUCUGGGGCACCGCCAGUCUUCAGAUCACCGUCAUAGAUGUCAAUGACAACAGGCCUGUCUUUGUGCGGCCUGCCAAUGGCACUAUCAUGCAUAUACUAGAGAGGAUGUGA